CCGAGUGCGAACCACUUCCUACUUCCGCAAACACAGCUCCGCGGUAGCUCCCCGUUUAUCGGGCUGAUCAAUGCGGUGGUUGACGUCUCGUCUCCCGGCUUCGUCUAACAGUUCCAACCGCCUCCGACGUGUAUGAGCGGCUGAUCGACCGUCAUGACGGCCAACAGCCGCUGCGCCGCCGCCGAGCCUCCGGGCCUGGAGACCCAGCGGAGGGAGAUCGAGUCUCUGCUGCGGGAGUGUGAGCUCCGCGCUGGGGACGGUUGGUACGUGAUGGAGCGUCGCUGGUAUGAACAGUGGAAGGAGUUCGUGGAGACCGGAGACCAGAACUCCUCUUCCUUCCCUGGUCAGAUCGACAACACUGAGCUGUUUGAGGACCUGGACUCGUUCCACCUGAAGGAGCGCCUGGUGGAGAACGAGGACUUCGUGCUGGUCCCGGCGGAGGCCUGGCGCCGGCUGCUGGACUGGUACGGGGCGGUGGACGGGCAGCCGGCGCUGGAGCGCAAGGUGGUGGACCUUCCCAGCACUCUGAAGGUGGAGGUCUACCCUGUCGAGAUCUUCCUCUGUCUCCAUAGCAACAUGGAGAACGUCAUCACGGCCCUGUUCAGCCGCACCGACAGCAUACACUCGAUCCAGAGGGCGAUGUGCGAUGCCUUCAUGGUGCCUCCGGGAUCAGAGUGCCGCCUCUGGAUGAAGAGUUCAGACAGCAGCUGUGAGCGUCUCAGAAACGUGCACGUGAGCGUGCUGGAGGCCUGUUUGAACUCAGCGAUGACGGUGAUCAUGGAGACGAGGAAUGCUGACGGCACCUGGCCGAGCUCCAGACCUCAGAUCAUGAGGAACUCUGUGGAGGAGCAGGACUCGUAUCGAGGACAGCCGGGAGUCUGUGGCCUCACCAACCUGGGGAACACCUGCUUCAUGAACUCUGCUCUGCAGUGCCUCAGCAACACGCCCCCCCUGACGGAGUACUUCCUUCAGAGCUCCUACCUGGAGGAGCUGAACUUCAACAACCCUCUGGGCAUGAAGGGCGAGAUCGCCGAGGCGUACGCCGACGUCACCAAGCAGAUGUGGUCGGGGAGGCACUACUCGGUGGUGCCUCGCGUCUUCAAGACCAAGGUGGGCCACUUUGCCUCCCAGUUCCUGGGCUACCAGCAGCACGACAGCCAGGAGCUGCUCUCCUUCCUGCUGGACGGUCUGCAUGAAGACCUGAACCGGGUCAAGAACAAAGAGUACAUCGAACUGAGGGACGCCGAGGGACGCCCGGACCAGGAAGUGGCCGAGGAGGCGUGGCGGAACCACCGGCGGCGGAACGACUCGGCCAUCGUGGACACGUUCCACGGCCUCUUCAAGUCCACGCUCGUCUGCCCCGAGUGCCACAAGGUCUCCGUGACCUUCGACCCCUUCUGCUACCUGAGCGUCCCUCUUCCUGUCAGCAAGGAGCGUGUCAUGGAGGUCUUCUUUGUGUCUCUGGACCCCUACGCAAAACCUGCACAGCACCGUGUGGUGGUCCCUAAAACAGGAACAGUCUUUGACCUUUGCUCCGCUCUGUCAGAGAUGACCAACGUUCCUCCCACACAGAUGGUGGUAGCUGACGUCUUCAACCACCGCUUCUAUAAGAUCUACACCUGUGAUGAAGGUCUGAGCUGCAUUCUGGACCGGGACGACAUCUUUGUGUACGAGCUGAGCGGGCUGGAGGAGGAGGAGGAGGAGGAGGAGGAGAAGGAGGAGGUGCUGCUGGCGCUCUACCUCAGGGAGCGCUCCCACUACAGGGACUACGGCUCCGGCAGCACCUCCUAUGGGACCUCCUUGUUCGGACACCCUCUGCUCCUCAGGGUUCCUCAGAGGAGCUGCAGCAGGGAGGAGCUCUACCAGAUGUUCCUGCUGAGGCUGGCGCGCUAUGUGCGACCUCCCAAUCCCUCUGAGGAGUUGGAGGAGGAGGAAGACGAGGACGAAGAGGAGGAGGAGCUGUAUAAGACCAACGGCGUCAGUGACGAGGAGCAGGAGGACGGGGAGAAGGCCGGCCCGUCUCGAGCGCGGCCCUGCGGCGAUGCGUCGGCCAGCUGCCAAUCGGACGAGGCCCCUACCGCAGAGCCCCGCCCCGACGCCAACCACACGCAGCCCUCAUUGGACGACGGCGACACGGAGCCCGAGAACCAGCUGGAGCCGGUCUGCGGCGCCGGAGAGGAGAAAGACAAGCAGGAGGAGGCGUGUUCUCCGAGCCAGCCGGCCAAUGAGCACCCAGCAAAGAGGAAGGCGUGUCGCAAGAGGAGGAGGAGUCUGUUCACCAUCCAGGCGGUGAACUCCAACGGGACGACGGAGAGAGAGGGGGGGGGAGGGGGGGAGCGCCCUCAGCCCUACGUGGCCAUCGACUGGGACCCGGAGAUGAAGAAGAGGUUCUACAAUGAGAACGAGGCCGAGAAGUACAUGAAACAUGGCAGCAUGGAGGUCCCUCAGCAGCAGACCACGGUGCAGCUGCAGGAGUGCAUUGAGCUGUUCACCACUGUGGAGACACUGGAGGAGGAGAACCCAUGGUACUGUCCUGUGUGUAAGAAGCACCAGCUGGCCACUAAGAAGCUGGACCUCUGGUCUCUGCCGGAGGUUCUCAUCAUCCACCUCAAGAGGUUCUCCUACACCAAGUUCACCAGGGAGAAGCUGGACAGCAUCGUGAAGUUCCCCCUCAGAGACCUGGACUUCUCCGGCUGCCUCCUGAGGAAGAGUCCGCCCAAUGGGGAGCCUCCGAGCCGCUAUGACCUCAUCGCUGUGUCCAAUCACUACGGAGGGCUCAGAGACGGCCACUACACCAGCCAUGCCAGGAACAAGGACAACGCUCAGUGGUACUACUUUGACGACAGCAAGGUGACGUACGCCAGAGAGGACCAGAUCGUGACCAACGCUGCGUACGUCUUGUUCUACCACCGCCAAGACCAGGUGAGACGGCCCACCCAGCCGCCGCCCCCCAGCGAUGACAUCACCUCCAGCAAGGACGACCACGCCGAGCCGGGCGCCUCCUCCUACGUUACCAUGGAAACGGACUAAUCAAUUGAUUUCCUUUCAAUCUUCUUUUCUCUCCUUCAUGAGGACAACGGGACUUUUUUAUCAUUAUUUCCAGCAACACUUGAACUUUCUCUGAUUACUCACCACAAUCAAUAAGUCAUUUUAACUUCUCCAUGAUGCAUUGGUCAGUUCAAUUGGUCUUGAAAUGCUUAAAAUCAAACUUAAUAAAAAAGGUCAUAUUUAUUUAUCAAAUGUAAUAAAAGAUCAUUUUAAACUGUACUUUAAUAGUUCAUGUUUAUACUUAUUCAGUUGGAAAAACCAGGUUCCAUAUUUGAUAUUAAAAGGACAGUUAUAUAUUUAUAAAUGACAACAGGCUUAUUAUAUAAUAAACUAGUUCUGGUGAAUAGUCGACUUGUACUAAAUUGUCUUGAUAAAAAUAAAUAACUUUUUCAUGUUUAUAAAUAAAGGCAGUGACAAGGAUUAUGGGUAAUCAGAGUGUGUUUAUAACUUAAUAUUGAACAAACUGAUUGAUUUUUGUACAGUAUAUUUUGGUUUUCUUCUGGUAUUUAUUUUGUUAAUGGGAUCAUUUCAGUCAAUGUUUUUUUCUUGAUUGUUUUGGGGUUAUUUUUCAUAUCUGCAGGUAAAGAUUUGGGCUUGAAAUCAUUUGACGGACACAAAGUUGACUCUUCUGGCUCUCACCGGUUUUAAAACCAGCUCUGUGUACAGUAUUUUUGUAUUAUUAUUAUUAUUAUUAUUACCUUCCUGGGUGGAGCACGAGGGAAACAGGGCUGAUUUCUUUCUUUGGUCUUCCUGUCAAAUAUCAGAUGAAAAUAUUUUAUUGUACUUUCAAUCUUUUGAUAAGAAUAAAAGGACGAUGAUGAUUAUUAUGA